CCUCUCGACUCCUUUCAUCCCUCCCUCCCGCCGCCGCCGGGCUGCCGCAGAGGGGCCGCCCGCCCGCGCCCUGCGCCAUGGCAGCCUCCGAGCUCUACACGAAGUAUGCCAGGGUUUGGAUCCCUGAUCCAGAGGAGGUCUGGAAGUCAGCAGAACUUCUCAAAGACUAUAAGCCUGGAGAUAAAGUCCUCCAGCUUCGACUUGAAGAAGGCAAGGACUUAGAAUAUUGCCUAGAUCCAAAGACGAAGGAACUCCCACCCCUGCGAAACCCUGACAUACUUGUUGGUGAAAAUGACCUCACAGCACUCAGUUAUCUCCAUGAACCUGCUGUUCUACACAACCUCAAAGUUCGAUUCAUAGACUCUAAACUAAUCUAUACCUAUUGUGGUAUUGUCUUAGUGGCCAUAAAUCCCUAUGAACAACUGCCUAUCUAUGGCGAAGAUAUCAUCAAUGCAUACAGUGGCCAAAAUAUGGGGGAUAUGGAUCCACAUAUCUUUGCAGUGGCUGAGGAAGCGUAUAAGCAGAUGGCCAGAGAUGAGCGAAAUCAGUCAAUCAUUGUCAGUGGGGAAUCUGGGGCUGGAAAGACUGUCUCUGCUAAGUAUGCCAUGAGGUACUUUGCCACGGUCAGUGGAUCUGCCAGUGAAGCCAAUGUUGAGGAGAAAGUCUUGGCCUCAAACCCCAUCAUGGAGUCUAUUGGAAAUGCCAAAACUACGAGGAAUGACAACAGCAGUCGUUUUGGGAAAUACAUUGAAAUUGGUUUUGAUAAGAGGUAUCGAAUCAUUGGUGCUAACAUGAGAACUUACCUCUUGGAAAAAUCAAGAGUGGUGUUUCAGGCAGAAGAGGAAAGAAAUUACCACAUCUUUUACCAGCUUUGUGCCUCGGCAACAUUACCUGAGUUUAAAACUCUGCGAUUAGGGAAUGCAAAUUACUUUCACUAUACGAAGCAAGGUGGAAGCCCUGUGAUAGAUGGUGUUGAUGAUGCUAAGGAAAUGGUAAACACCAGGCAGGCCUGCACUCUGCUAGGCAUUAGCGAUUCUUACCAGAUGGGAAUUUUUCGAAUCCUUGCUGGCAUCCUUCACUUGGGCAACGUGGAGUUUGCAUCUCGGGAUUCUGACAGCUGUGUUAUUCCUCCCAAGCAUGAACCCCUCACCAUCUUCUGUGACCUUAUGGGUGUGGAGUAUGAAGAGAUGGCCCACUGGCUUUGCCAUAGGAAGCUUGCAACUGCCACCGAAACCUACAUCAAGCCAAUUUCUAAACUUCAUGCCAUCAACGCCAGAGAUGCACUUGCCAAACAUAUCUAUGCUAAUCUCUUUAACUGGAUUGUAGAUCAUGUGAACAAAGCCCUUCAUGCUACUGUAAAACAGCAUUCUUUCAUUGGAGUGUUGGAUAUUUAUGGAUUUGAGACAUUCGAAAUCAACAGCUUUGAACAGUUCUGUAUCAACUAUGCCAAUGAAAAACUGCAGCAGCAGUUCAAUAUGCAUGUCUUUAAGCUAGAACAAGAAGAAUAUAUGAAGGAACAAAUACCAUGGACCUUGAUUGAUUUCUAUGACAAUCAGCCUUGCAUCAACCUCAUAGAGGCCAAAAUGGGAAUUCUGGAUCUGUUGGAUGAGGAGUGUAAGAUGCCAAAAGGCUCGGAUGACAGUUGGGCCCAGAAACUGUACAAUACUCAUUUGAAUAAAUGUGCCCUCUUCGAAAAACCACGUAUGUCAAAUAAGGCUUUUAUCAUCAAGCACUUUGCUGACAAGGUGGAAUAUCAAUGUGAAGGCUUUUUGGAAAAGAAUAAAGACACAGUUUAUGAAGAACAAAUUAAGGUCCUAAAAUCAAGUAAGUUUAAGCUGCUACCGGAGUUGUUCCAGGAUGAGGAGAAGGCCAUCAGUCCCACAUCAGCAACCGUUUCAGGGCGCGUGCCUUUGUCUCGAACGGCUGUCAAACCAGCCAAGGCCAGGCCAGGUCAAGCCAGCAAGGAGCAUAAGAAAACUGUGGGACAUCAGUUCCGAAACUCUCUCCACCUGUUGAUGGAAACCCUGAACGCCACAACCCCACACUACGUGCGCUGUAUAAAACCCAAUGACUUCAAGUUCCCGUUCACAUUUGAUGAAAAGCGGGCAGUGCAGCAGCUGAGAGCUUGUGGUGUCCUGGAGACCAUCCGAAUCAGUGCAGCUGGCUUCCCCUCCAGGUGGACAUACCAGGAGUUCUUCAGCCGUUACCGUGUUCUGAUGAAGCAGAGAGAUGUCCUUGGUGACCGAAAGCAGACGUGUAAAAAUGUCCUGGAGAAGCUGAUUCUGGACAAGGAUAAGUACCAGUUUGGUAAGACAAAAAUAUUUUUCCGGGCUGGUCAAGUGGCCUAUCUGGAAAAAAUAAGGGCAGAUAAGUUGAGAGCUGCCUGCAUCCGCAUUCAAAAGACGAUCCGAGGCUGGUUGAUGCGCAAGAAGUACGUGCGUAUGAGGAAGGCUGCCAUCACCAUUCAGAGAUAUGUCAGAGGGUACCAAGCACGAUGCUAUGCCAAUUUCCUCCGGAGAACACAGGCUGCCAUCACUAUUCAGAAGUUCCAGCGCAUGUAUGUGGUCCGCAAAAGAUACCAAUGCAUGCGAGCUGCUACUAUUGCUCUUCAGGCUCUCUUGAGAGGUUACAUGGCCAGGAACAAGUACCAAAUGAUGCUCCGGGAGCACAAGUCUAUUAUUAUUCAGAAGCAUUUAAGAGGCUGGCUGGCUCGAGUGUGCUACCAUAGGACCUUGAAGGCAAUUGUUUACUUGCAAUGCUGUUACCGGCGCAUGAUGGCCAAGAGGGAGCUAAAGAAACUGAAGAUAGAGGCCCGCUCUGUAGAACGCUACAAGAAGCUUCACAUUGGCUUGGAGAACAAGAUCAUGCAGCUGCAGCGAAAAAUUGAUGAGCAGAACAAAGAGUACAAAUCUCUGAUGGAGAAGCUGAGCAACCUGGAGAUCACAUACAGUACAGAGACAGAGAAGCUGCGGAGUGAUGUGGAAAGGCUUCGGAUGAGUGAGGAAGAAGCGAAGAAUGCGACCAACCGUGUCCUCAGCCUUCAGGAGGAGAUUGCCAAGCUGCGGAAGGAGCUGCACCAAACUCAGUCUGAGAAGAAGACCAUUGAGGAAUGGGCAGACAAGUACAAACAUGAAACUGAGCAGCUGGUAUCAGAGUUGAAAGAGCAGAACACAUUACUGAAAACAGAAAAGGAGGAGCUAAACCGCCGCAUCCAUGACCAGGCAAGGGAAAUAACAGAGAUAAUGGAAAAGAAGCUAGUGGAGGAAACGAAACAACUAGAGCUAGAUCUGAAUGAUGAGCGCUUACGGUACCAGAACCUGCUGAAUGAGUUCAGCCGUUUGGAGGAGCGGUAUGAUGAUCUUAAGGAUGAAAUGAACUUAAUGGUGAGCAUCCCCAAGCCUGGACACAAAAGAACGGAUUCCACUCACAGUAGCAAUGAAUCUGAAUAUACUUUUAGCUCUGAGAUCACAGAAGCAGAAGACUUACCAGUGAGGAUGGAGGAACCAAGUGAGAAAAAGGCACCAUUGGACAUGUCUCUGUUCCUCAAGCUGCAGAAACGGGUUACAGAGCUGGAGCAAGAAAAGCAAUCCCUGCAGGAUGAACUGGACAGAAAGGAAGAGCAGGCUCUCCGUGCUAAAGCUAAGGAGGAGGAAAGGCCUCCAAUGAGAGGUGCAGAGCUGGAGUAUGAAUCUCUCAAGCGUCAAGAACUUGAGUCUGAGAAUAAAAAACUGAAGAAUGAGCUAAAUGAGUUGCAGAAGGCCCUCACAGAAACACGAUCUCCAGAGGUAACUGCCCCUGGUGCCCCUGCCUAUAGAGUCCUCCUGGAUCAGCUGACUUCAGUAAGUGAAGAGCUUGAAGUACGCAAGGAAGAAGUCCUCAUUCUGAGGUCUCAGCUUGUUAGCCAGAAAGAGGCUAUUCAACCCAAGAAUACCAUGACAGAUGCUACAAUCCUCUUGGAGGAUGUACAAAAGAUGAAAGACAAAGGAGAAAUAGCACAGGCAUAUAUUGGACUGAAGGAAACAAAUAGGCAAUCUCCCCAAGACUAUCAUAUGCUGAAUGAGGACGGAGAACUUUGGCUGGUUUAUGAAGGGUUAAAACAAGCCAACAGGCUGCUGGAGUCUCAGCUUCAGUCGCAGAAGAAGAGCCACGAGAACGAGCUGGAAUCACUGCGAGGUGAAAUCCAAAGUCUGAAGGAGGAAAACAAUCGCCAGCAGCAGCUCCUAGCACAGAAUCUGCAGCUGCCUCCAGAGGCCCGCAUUGAAGCCAGUUUACAGCAUGAGAUCACCCGGCUGACCAAUGAGAACUUGGAUUUAAUGGAGCAGCUUGAAAAGCAAGACAAAACUGUUCGCAAGCUAAAGAAACAGUUGAAAGUAUUUGCUAAGAAGAUUGGUGAACUUGAAGUGGGCCAGAUGGAGAACAUAUCCCCUGGACAAAUCAUUGACGAACCUAUUCGUCCAGUUAACAUUCCACGGAAAGAAAAGGAUUUCCAAGGCAUGUUGGAAUAUAAGAAGGAGGAUGAACAAAAACUUGUCAAAAAUCUUAUUUUAGAGCUGAAACCACGUGGGGUAGCUGUCAACCUGAUUCCAGGACUACCAGCAUAUAUUUUGUUCAUGUGUGUGCGCCAUGCGGAUUACCUUAAUGAUGACCAAAAAGUGCGGUCGUUGUUGACUUCUACCAUCAAUGGCAUCAAAAAAGUGUUGAAGAAAAGAGGGGAUGACUUCGAAACAGUGUCCUUCUGGCUAUCUAACACCUGCCGAUUUUUGCACUGUUUGAAGCAAUACAGCGGAGAAGAGGGGUUUAUGAAGCAUAAUACACCUCGUCAAAACGAACACUGCCUCACUAAUUUCGAUCUAGCCGAAUACAGACAAGUACUGAGUGACUUGGCUAUUCAGAUCUACCAACAACUUGUCCGAGUGUUGGAAAACAUUCUGCAACCAAUGAUUGUUUCAGGAAUGCUGGAGCAUGAGACAAUCCAAGGUGUCUCAGGGGUGAAACCAACAGGGCUGCGGAAGAGAACGUCCAGUAUUGCUGAUGAAGGAACCUACACUUUGGACUCCAUUAUUCGGCAGCUGAACUCCUUCCAUUCAGUGAUGUGUCAGCAUGGAAUGGAUCCAGAGCUGAUCAAGCAGGUUGUCAAGCAGAUGUUCUACAUCAUUGGGGCUGUAACGCUUAAUAACCUUCUCCUGCGCAAGGACAUGUGUUCGUGGAGCAAAGGAAUGCAGAUAAGAUACAAUGUGAGUCAACUAGAAGAAUGGCUACGAGAUAAAAAUCUGAUGAAUAGCGGGGCUAAAGAAACCCUGGAACCCCUCAUCCAGGCUGCACAGUUGUUACAAGUAAAAAAGAAAACGGAUGAGGAUGCUGAAGCCAUUUGUUCAAUGUGCAAUGCACUGACUACUGCCCAGAUUGUUAAAGUUCUGAAUUUGUAUACUCCAGUUAACGAGUUUGAAGAGAGAGUCUUGGUAUCAUUUAUACGUACAAUACAGAUGCGUCUGCGAGACAGGAAGGACUCUCCUCAGUUGCUCAUGGAUGCCAAACACAUCUUCCCUGUUACUUUUCCAUUUAAUCCAUCCUCUCUGGCAUUAGAAACCAUUCAGAUCCCAGCCAGCUUGGGCCUGGGCUUCAUAUCACGUGUCUGAUUGCAAGGAUGUACCAUCAGUGUUAGAUGGAGAAUCAGUUGCCUCAUAUCUUUACCCAUUAAAACCUAGUGACCCACUGAAAACACAUUUUCUGAACACUCUGUAUGUAUGCCCAGAUCUGUAGUACAAGUAACUGGAAAACUACAUAAGAGCACCACAGAUUGGAGGCUAAUAGUAAGAUGUGCAUUUGUGUUCAGUCAUUGCAUUUAUGAGGACAUCACCGAUUCAUGCUUUUCCAGAACAUGGAAAUUGAGCUUGGACUAAAAUUGUGUCUUCAGCUGUCUAGAGACAUUUUUAGAUCUUAAGUAACAUAUUUAAAUAGUGUAAAAUAAACUCCGUAUGUAAUCUCAUAGGCAGGAAUCAACAGGGAUAGCCCUGAACAUGGAAGACUUGAAAGUAAGGCAUUUUGUAGUAGAAUGCAGUCACUUGGGAGCCUGUUACAUUUAAUUUGUGAAAACUGGAGUAGAGAAACACAAACUGGCAAUAUAGAAAAUGAUUUCUUAAACCACUUAUUUGUGCCGGUUUGACAUGAAUUCUAGUGAUAAGUCUUAUAGCUCACUAUAUGCUGUUACUUAGUUGUUCAUUUGUUAGCACUGUGGUUUACCAAGCAUACUAAAUCGCUGCUGCAUAUUGUGUUCUUUUAAAUGUACAACAGUAUCAUACUAAGCACUAAAAAUAAGAUAAUUUCAGUUUUUGUUGUCAACCUUAUUUGCAGUCUUAUGUAGUUUGUUACUUUAACUGGAUUUUUGCAAAUGGUAUCAAAUAACACCUAUAAAAGAAAAUGGUAACUAAGCACAAGUAGCACACUGGAAAUUACAUGUUUAGUUAUUUUUAAAAGUAGCUAAAAAUACACAAUCUUGAAGCAAAUGAUCAGAAGUCAAUAAUGAUUUCAGUGUUAAUUUAGAUUUUGUAGUCUGUCUAAUGUUCUUCGUUUGUAGACCCCAGAAAUGACAGCAUGUGUUUUGAGUGUGAUCCCUUUUGGUUUGUUGCCACUUAAAAAAAAGAGGGGGGGGGGAAGAAAAGAAAGAAAAAAAAAGUAUUCCUUCAUUCUGGAAUUUGAGAGGAAAAACUUUAAUAGAAAAUUUUUGUAGUAGCCCAAGGCUCUCAUUCUUUGAAAGGUUGACAAGAACGUUAAGUAGGUUUUGACUGUGAUGCUGUCACUUGACUAUGAUUCAUGCUGAUUUAAUGGUUGCAGAUCCAGAGUGCCAUUCAAUAAUGAGAAACUGAGUUAUUUUGGAUCUUGCACAUCUUACUGGAAAGGUUCUUCUGUCUCACAUAUCUUCACAACAGAAUUCACAUUUCACAAUGUGCAAAUUAAGUGCAGAAGCCCUGCUUAAGGUUCCAGUUCUGAACUUUAAAAGAGGCAGUUUGUGGUGUAUGACUCAAAUAUACACGUAAAAAAAAAGCCACACAGAUUGUUUAAUUGCAUUGUGCAAUAUUUUUUAUGUAUUAUAGCAAUUAGUAUCUUAGCAUUAACAUUAAUUUGUUUUAAAAUAUUGAGAAAUAAUCUAGAGGUACACUAUUAGACUAUUUGGUACUAAUCUGUUUGCCUGCAAACUCACAGAAAAAAACCUUGCUGUUAAGCAGACUGAAACAUUUCAGUUGUUUUACCUGAGAAGCAGACAUGCUGUUUGUAUGGUUGCUAAAAUCGGUAGUACAGACAACCCAAAUUUUGUCACUAUCAGGUUAAGGUGCUCAGGUUGUCUUACUUUCAAAUGUGUAUGCCCCAUGUUAUGUUUGAUGGGUCAUGCCAGUACUUCCAAGAAUCUAAUACUGUAUUGCAUAACUGUUGUGAGUGAUCUUUGCUAAAUGAUUUGGAUUGUUUUCCUGUGCAUGGUAUACCAAACACUCUUUUUUCCAAUGUUACUUAAUUCUUGAAACUACGGCUACUACUGUUAAGUGGCUCCAGAUAAGGUAUAAUAUAAUUUUCAGGCUGUUAGGGGUACUGUACUUGUGAGAAUGUAAUGGGAAAGCCUUCACAUCCAGUAAUGAGGCUAGGAAAGAAAAUACCUGAGAACAUGCUGACCUAUAAAUUUUUUCUCCUAUCGAAAACCAAACUAUUGGCAUUACAGUAUGUUCCUACUAUAGAUCAGGAAAUGUAUCCACUACUUAAGCAUUAGUGUUUAAAAUGUAUGCCUAAAUGUAUUUUUGUUUCAUUUUUAAGUUUGUUUACCUGUAAAAAGCCUUAUUGUAUCUUGGUUCCUUAAAAAAAAGUAGUGUUUAGUAAUUUAUAGGUAUUAUCCUUAAACUCAGUGGUUUGACUGGUAUUACUUUUAUAUCACAUUAAAAGUAUAUGCUGCUUGACAUGUUUUAAAGGAAAAUACUUUGAAGGCGGAAGAGAUGCGUAGUUGGUAACUCUACAAACAUUUUACAUGGCAGUAUUUUACACGCACUUUUCAGAAGUAAAAUCUUAGCAUCAGUGUAUAAUAUAUCUCUCACCUUAGGACUAAUCUCUCUUUAACCAUAUAAUAUAAUGCAGAUUUAUUUUAACAACUUGUUUUGUUUUUUUUCCUUUGAAUCAUUGUCAUGCUCUUUUAAUGUGGACAUCUUUUAUAUUUUAAUUUAUUAUCUAUUGCUAUGAUAGAUUUUAUCAGAUGCUGGAAAAUUACUUGUCAACCACCCCUUAGAAUUCUAUACAGUUAUUAUAGAGAAUUUGCACAAUAAUUACCUCAUUCAGUUUGGUGUAUUUUUAUUCCAGUGAUCAUUUUAUUCUGAUGUUUAGGACACAGUCUUCUAUCCAAAUUGCUUCUCAGACUUCAAUCUGGGAUGGAACAUGAAAGUGCGUUAAGUCCAUUAAAUGCAAUUAAUCUAUUCUAUCCCAGGGGAGAAGAAAUACCAACUUCAGUGUUGAAAAGUGGAUUGAUAACCAGUAACACUGGUUCCCAACUUGGAAACACCAGCAUUUGCAAUUUGAAGGUCUGUGUAAUUUGUGAUUUAAACUGAAUACAUUUCAAAUACCGUACAAAAACUAUGAGUAAACCAUGUGGUUUUUUAAGAUGCUAAUACUUCAUGUGAUAAAUAAAGCCUUUAAACAUAGGUUUUCACUCAAUGCCACUACAGUACAUAGAUGAAAACCAAAACAUUGUCAGAAUGACCUGAGCUCUGAUCCGUUAUAGUGUCUGAUGUUGUACUUAGUAAAUGUAUGCAUCAUAAAAGCUGUAGCCUAAUAGCUAUCACUGGAAAAUGUCCAAAUAAAAAUACAACACUAGGAUUUGCUUUGGA